ACGGUUGAUCUUUACAAGCCUAAGAAGGUCAGAGAUACCAGGAUGAUGGAGAACGUCACCUUGAACAGUUUGACGCUCCAGCUGGAGGGUUUAAGGCUCACAGAAACAUCUGUCUACCCUGUCUUUCUGUUUUUCCUCUUCUCCUACCUUUUCAUUAUGACACUGAAUGUUGGGAUUGUGUUUCUGGUCUGUAGUGAUAAGAACCUCCAUCAACCCAUGUACUUAUUGUUCUGUAACCUUCCAGUUAAUGACAUCUUUGGGAACUCUAUUGUUUUGCCCCGUUUGCUGUCUGACCUGCUGAAGAAUCCCUCAGAGUUGCUCAUCAGCUACUAUGAGUGUGUCGUUCAGGCUUUCUCUACACAUUUGUUUGCCACUUCUUGCCACACGGUGCUGAUGAUCAUGGCCUUCGACAGGUACGUGGCCAUCUGUAACCCUCUGCGUUACUCGGCCAUCAUGACCAACAGGAUGGUGCUGAAGCUGACCGUCUCUGCCUGGGGGACGGCCUUUGUUCUGGUCGGGAUUCUGCUGGGUCUGACCAUACGGCUGAACCGCUGCAGGACCUUCAUCACUAACCCAUACUGUGACAACGCCUCAUUGUUCAAGCUGUCCUGUGAGAGUGUGGUGAUCAAUAACAUCUACGGCCUGACCUUUACAGUGGUCCUGUUUACAGCCUCCAUAGGCAGCAUCGUCCUCACCUACACCAGGAUCACCUCCGUGUGUCUGACCAGUAAGAACCAGUCGUUGAACAGGAAGGCCUUGAAGACCUGCAGUACCCACCUGGUUGUGUAUCUGAUCAUGCUUUUCUGUGGCAUCUUGAUCAUCGCUUUGCAUCGAUUCCCUCAGUAUUCGGACCACAGGAAAAUGUCGGCCAUAUUGUUUCACAUCAUCCCUUGCAGCUUGAAUCCUAUCAUUUAUGGAGUUCAGUUCAAAGAAAUAAAUAGAUCCCUUUCUAAUUUUUUCAGGUCUAAAAAAGUUUUUUCUUCAUCCUGAAAAUAUAUUUUCAAAUUUUGUCUCAGAUAUUUAGGAUAAUGUAUAUCCUCUUUAAAUGCAUACAGAUGUGUGUUUUAUCUAUUGUCCAAAUUGUCUUAAUGAAAUGUUUUCUUUUUGUCUCCUGUAUUUUAUAUAUUACAUGUAUUCAGAACUAAACUACACUGUUUUCGAUGUUUAUGAAAUAACACCAAAUAAUUUUAAAUGUCAUAACAAUCAUUUCAUAAAAGUCAUUUAAAUGUGUUGAUUGAACGGUAUAAAAUGUAAUGUACAAACAAAGAUGCACUUUAUCAGUGAAACAUUUUC